CGCGGUCAAUGACGUUAGCAGAAGCGUAAAAAGCGCUACGGACGUAGAUGUGUUCGACACACCAACACAUGUAAUUUUACCGGCUCUCUGUCAGCACCGAGGACUUGAUUUUAACCACCACAGCGUGAGUGGACCUAAAUGACAGCGGGGACUGUCAUCUUUAGAGUACUGUCAUUCUGUGCGUCAAAGAGAUCCAGCUGUUACCGGGAAACUAAGUUAGGCAUGAAGAGCCUUCCGUACUUCUGCCGGGGAGAGGUCAUCCGAGGUUUCGGGAGAGGAAGCAAAGAACUGGGAAUCCCCACGGCCAACUUCCCAGACUCAGUGGUGGACAACCUCCCAGCAGAUAUCAGCACAGGGAUCUACUAUGGUUGGGCCUGCGUGGGUAACGGUGACGUCUACAAAAUGGUGAUGAGCAUCGGCUGGAACCCUUACUACAAAAAUACCAAGAAGUCCAUGGAGACUCAUGUGAUUCACACGUUCAAAGAAGACUUUUAUGGUGAGAUCCUCAGUGUUGUCAUGGUGGGCUACAUCCGUCCAGAGAGAAGCUACGAUUCACUUGAAGCCCUCAUUGCGGCCAUCAACAAUGACAUCGAGGAGGCCAAGGUCAAACUGGAACUGCCAGAGCAUCUCAAAUUGAGAGAAGACAACUUCUUCACCAGCACCCCCAUCUUGUCUUCAGCCCCGCCCGCCACCACCGCAUCCACAUCACAGACUAUUAUGAAUGGCCACUGACAGCUGGCUGUGACUACAGCACACACACACACACACACAUCAGAACAACACUGAGAUUUCCGUGUACACACAUUUGCGUGCGUAUGUACUCAUUAAAAUGCACAACCUCAUUCUGAGAGCGCUUAGCUGUUGCCAUGGCUCCUCAUGGACAUAAUCAUAAACCACCAAUUUUUUUUUUUUAAAUUGUAUUCCUCUUUUACUUUGUCAUUGUGUCUUUGAUCAGUCUACCGUGGUUAAAGUGUGAACUGUUAAACUUCUCGUUUCGGUUUGUUACAGAGUAUGUUAAUUUGUAUAUAUUCACACCAGAUUGCCUCAUCCAACAGUAUGACUGUGCGUUAAACUCAGACACAAAAUAUAAGCAAUGUUGUAAUAAUCUAUAUAUAAAGAACGUCACAAAUAGACCAUAAACUCAACUGUGUGAACACUAUCAAGCCAAGGUCAUACAUGUUACUUUAGUCCUUUUUUGUUGAGAUUUGUUUUGGCGUCAGAUGGGUGGAGAGAAAGUCUGGGCAUUAUUGUCUGUAACAAAAACACAGGUCGCACAGUCAGGUGACUUUAUGCAACAGUGUAGUAAAUGCAUCUGUCUGAAGACAAGGAGAUUCAAUUAUGAAAUCGUGUAAAUUUAACAUAUCCUUUCAUUUCUCUCUUGAGAAAAUGUCUUUUCCCUUUCAGUGUGACACAAGCCCUAUAACUAUAUAAUUAUUUUAAAUCAUUUCAACAUAUUCACCCUUUGGAAUUAAGUGGCACUGUAGUACUUAUUCUUUCUUUCCAUCGUCAGUCUGUUGGGUCGGUAGAGAUUUGUAGAUGAUCUGUAGAACACAAAGACUGAAAAAGCAGGCAAGUUUUUAUGCAUGUCAGUUAAGUUUUUUUUCCCCACUGCAGCACAUCUGGUUUGUUACAGAUAGUAAAACACUGAUAGGUGAGAUGAGGGAAAGAAGAAUGAAGUCCACAGCUCCAAGAGGGCAACAAUCCAGUGAAUUAACACAUAUUCACACCAUUACAAAUGAAAGGAUGAUCACGCAGAAGAUCAGCCUUUCAAAUUUUUAACAAAUAUAUUCAAAUACUGUGGCGAAAACUCUGCACUGCUAGAGGAGUACCUCUUUUAGUCUUUUUUUAUUGGGCCUGUGUGUGUGUGUGCCUGCACCUGUUAAAUGAAAAUUACAUGAAACUGUCAAACACACGACUGGAACGAUGUACAAUUCUUUGAACCCCUGUAAAAUAAUUAUUUCAACUGAAUGAAAUAUAUGAGUCUAGCUAUGUGAUAUUUUUUUUUGGGAUUUUUGAAUCUGUGUUGUCAAUACAGAUUACUUAUUGUCGAUCCUUUACUUAUUAAAGUGUUUAUUUAGGGAGCGAAAGAAAUGACUGCAUUUUAUGAAUGUUGACAUUAAUCAUGCAACAGUAGCUAUGAUUCUCUGACAAGAAGAGCUUAGCUGUUUUUGCAGGCACCUUCCUGUUUUCAAUCUGGUAGCUUUUUUUAUAUAUAUAUUUCCUUUGAAUCAGUUUAGUUUCCUUGCUAGCAGUGAAAUAGUGUUUAAUUAUGUAAAAGCCUGAAAAUUGUUAUUCAGGCCAACUAAAAAAUGAAAAAGCCUAUACUGGAAGCAGUACUUCACUGUAGUCUGUUAUCUAAUCCACUAUUACAUAAAGCUUUUAUAUGUUGGAUGCUAUAUAAGACAUGUUUAUCUAAAGCACUUAAUGUACAGAAGAAACCUCACUGUAACUUUGGAUUGUGAUGUGCUGCUUCUUCAAACCUGUCGAUUCUUUACAAAGAGAUUUUAAGAUGAAAGUUUGAUCCUACUGAAGUAAAGCAGCAGGGUCAGAUGUCUUCCAGACAUCACAGAACACAGGGACCAGGGUUACUGUAUGUAGAGUUAAAAGGUUCAACGCCCAUUUUAUGUUUUCAUUCACGUGUUUUAUAUAAUUUAUUCAAAUAAAUCAUUUGAUCAGAAUACA